CUUAUUUUAAAGCAUUUUUCGAGCUCUACAAACAUUUUUAUAAAUUUUGUGCUGUAAAUUCUGAAAAAUAUCUACUUUCGAUCUGGGAAAAUGCUUGCGGCACGACUGACGCAUCUUCUGCCUGCACGUUCGGCGUGUUUGUUAUACCGAGUUCCCAACAACGCAGCAGGAUUAUGGAGAACAAUGUUGCAGGCGACCAGAGGCAGGUCAACCAUGCCAGUAAACAAGAAAUCAGUGCUGCCAACUCGUCUCAAUUUCAAGCGCAAUUUCGCAGAGGACUCACAGGAUCGCAAUCGAUCCCAUCUGGAGCAGCGCACUCGAGGACCCACUCUCAAAGAGAAGCUAAUGGGGCCGCCCAGCGAGAAUGCCUAUUCGAUGGGCAAAGGAGCUGCAGCCGGAGCCGCUCUGAUGGGACUUGUGGCACUUUGUUACUAUGGCUUGGGACUGUCGGAUCAGCCGAGUCUUUACGAUCGCUCGGUGAUGUGGCCGCAGUACGUCAAAAGUCGCAUACAUGCCACCUACGCCUACUUUGGAUCCUCCUGCGCCGUGACAGCGGCCUCGGCGGCAGCUGUGUUCCAGUCGGAAGCGCUGCUCAGUCUGAUAAUGCGCAGUGGCUGGCUGGCAACCUUGGUGACUCUGGGUCUGGUCAUGGGCACGGGCGCCUUGACACAAGCCAUUGAGUAUCAGCCCGGUCUUGGAAUCAAGCAGUUGGCCUGGGCAUUGCACUGCGCAGUCCUGGGUGCCGUCAUUGCGCCUAUGUGCUUUAUGGGCGGUCCGAUUCUGGUGAAAGCUUUGCUCUACACGGGCGGCAUUGUGGGUGCUCUCUCCACGGUGGCCGCGUGUGCGCCCAGCGAGAAGUUUCUGAACAUUGGCGGACCGCUGGCCAUUGGAUUGGGCAUCAUAUUCGCCUCAUCGCUGGCCUCCAUGUGGCUGCCACCCACAACAGCAAUUGGCGCUGGCCUCGCAUCCGUCUCGCUGUAUGGUGGCCUCAUACUCUUCAGCGGAUUUCUGCUCUACGACACGCAGCGCAUUGUGAAGGCGGCUGAAAUGCAUCCGGAGCGCAGUCCGUACAAUUUCGAUCCCAUCAACCACGCCUUGGCCAUCUAUAUGGAUGCCCUUAACAUUUUCAUACGCAUCGCCAUCAUUUUGUCAUCCAGUGAUCAGCGCAAGAAAUAGAUAUCGCAGGUGACAACAGACAACAAAUCAAAUUACAAGCACUCGGUUUCUUAGCAAUACAUGUUUAAGCAAUGACUAGUUAAUUGGCAGUUUGUGGUAAUAAAUCAAAAUUCAAGUUUAGCGGCAACAACGAAU